UUGCUGUAAAGUUUUCAAAAAUGUCAUUUUACAAAUUGGAACUUGGUCGAGAUAUCUCAUUCUCGAAAACUGCAUUGCUGAAAACGGUCGUCUGGUCGUUGGUUCAGAGUGCUUUUGGGCUUGUUUGUCAGUAGUUUGCUACAAAUCAGCAUAAGUUUCUGUCGAUGUUUCUUCCUCAAUGUGCUUGUUUUGGUAGUUUACAGUUCCUAUGAAAGCGUAAUACUAGUUUUGUGUAAGUGUCAUCUUAAAAAUAUGUUGAGAGUUUUGAGGUCUCAGUUGGUGCCCCAGACUCAUGUUCACGGAUUGUAUUUUGUUGCGGCAACUACUAAUGGUAGCCACCAGAGUACUGGGUGCAGACGAUUUUCAAAUGGGCAAUCUUUUGUGAACAAGAAUACGCAUGGAUCAUGGAAAAAUUCGCCCCAAAGAAAUCCCAAAAAGACCAUUUCUGAAAAGUUUAAUAAACUGGUUUUGACAAGUCUAAAACGAUGGCCAUUUCUGAAAAACUAUUAUGAACAAAUGUUGAAAGGUUUCAAUAGACAAGUUUCUGAUUUCAAAACAGGGAGGUCGGUUUCCAAGAAAAGAAAACUUCAGCCGAAUUACAAAACAACAUAUCAGGAACAUAAAGCUGUGUUUGAUGUCAAAGGCAGUCUUCUGAAAACAUCAUUUCUAUUGCCUUUAUUUCUACUGCCAAUGGGAAUCGUUAUUGUUUUUAUUCCUGUCGCCCUAUUUCCUCAACAUCUUUUACCACAUUGUUACUGGAGUAAAAAGCAGCGGAAAAUUUUUUUCACUGAUAUGCAUAUGAAUAGAAAAAUUCACCAUGGAAUCGUACUACAUCAUCUGAACUUCAUUAAAGAUAAUCAUCCUAGCGCAGCAUUUCAGAGAGCUUUAACAGAUCUAUUGACACUGGUGAAUGAUUCAACCAAGGUCCCAACCAAUGAUGAUCUGAGGAAGUUUCGAGAAUGGUGUUCUAGUAUAGAAAAUCCACUAAGUUUGGAUGGCUUGCCGCCAGUACUCCUGCAUUCAUUUUGCCAUAUAAACUUUCUAUGGAAAUAUUUCCCAUCACCUUGGUUGAGAUAUUAUCUACAUCAUCGAGUGAAGUUAAUUCUUGAAUUCGAUGAAAAAUUAAGAAGAGAAAACCUCGUUUAUGAUUUAUCAGAUGAUGAACUGCAAGAGGCCACUUUUCUUAGAGGCCUCGAUAGCGCAAAUUUAAGUACAGAAGCAAACAGAUAUUGGCUCAAAAAUUGGCUUCGCCAUACAAGUAUAUUCGCAAGUAAUGCUGUGGAUCCUUCCUACAUUCUUCAUGCUAUGGUCUUUCAGUCACAUAAUUAUUCUGAUCUUCGUCAUCAAAGAAGAGUAUUUGAUCAGACAUGACAUCCUCUCUUCAAUUGUUUGUGUAUGAUUUUUGCUAACUUGAAGCGGUGGAAUUUUUAAAGGAAAUGAGCACCUAACGUCCUCAAUAAUUUCUCCAAGAUUAAUAUGUAUUGGACAAACGAUAAGCGAAUUCAGGAAUUUUUCUUUAUGAGCUGUGUUUUUUUUCAGUUAUUCAAAAUAUUCAAGUACAUUGAAUAUGGAUCAUACGUGAAUAACAGUGCAGACCCAUGUUCAAGAUUAUUUAUUUUUUGUUCUAUUCUCAAAGUUUGUUGGUAAAUCUGGGCCAAUACAUGUGUACCGUCCGUA